AUGGCAAACGACCUCGAAGACACCGGCAUGUAUGUAGUUUCAGUCAAAGAACAGGAAGAGGUUACGGUCAAGUCUUGGGCCUCUGAAUAUGAAGGAAAUGGCGUGGAGCUCUUUCACAAACACAUCACGGAUUGCUGUGAGAUGUGCCAGGGGCCUGGGUCGUCUAUCUACGCGAAAACCGUCGUCAUUGUCAAUUCUUCCGGCAUGGGAAAGACCCGCAUGAUCGAUGAAUCAUCCAAAUCGCUGUUCACCGUGCUUUUUGUGCUCAGGGAUACGGCCGGCGGCUUUCCUCCUUCAGAUAGCGACGUUCUGGCAUAUUUUCAGAGUCCCCGGACGAUGGAAGACUGUCAAACCGCCAUCUUAUGCUUUCUCAAGACGCUAUACGAUAACUUGGCCGAUAUGCUGAAGAAGCAAACAGAGAAAAUGGAGAAGCGAAAGCAUGCCGAAAUUGCACACUGGUUUCGCGGGUACCUGGGGAGUUGGGAUCAAAUGGGCGCACCCAGCCAGGAGCGGAAGCGAUUCUUCGAAAGCGUGGUGAAUGGAGCCAACAAUAUGCUACAGGCCCAAGGUGCGAUGCCGGAUCCUACAUUUACAGGAGGUCGAGACGCGGCUGGCCUGUCGCCUCGCCUGCCGGCCACAGACCUAUCCUACCAGUCUCAGAUGAUCCGUUCGUUCCAAACGCUCUCGGAGCUUUUAUCCCACGAGCAUCCCGGACAUUUGCCAACCGUGUUGCUGGCAUUUGAUGAAGCUCAUACACUGUUAAGACCGAUUGACAAACAAGACCGUAGGACCACCAUCCACACAGUUUUACGCCGAGUGUUUCGGUCUCUCAACAAUGAGCGACACAUGGCAUGCUUCCUCUCAACAUCCGCCAGCAUCACACAGUUUGCGGCUCCGAUGCGGUUGGAUCCUUCAAGCCGCAUACAAUGGGACAUAUAUCACACCUUGCCAGCUUUCAGCAGCUUUCCCUUGAACAUGGCGCGGAUACAACCGCAUGAGAUGGAUUUGACCGCCGUGGGCAAAAUCGACUUCAUGUGCAAGCAGUCGAGGAUAUUGUUUCGCACACGGGCUGAGCAUGGUGUCCACAACGAGGUUGGCCGCAAUUUGGUGCGAUUCGCUAAGGAUAAGCUGCUCGGCGCCUCAGACACAUCGGAAUACGAUGAUGCGCAAAAUCUGGCCAUUUUGGCCAGACGCAUCCCGAUCGAUAUACGAACGAAUACGAGCUCAGCCCUCACAUCCACAAAUCAGCAGAUCGCUCAGCAUAUGCGUGUGCUUUACAAAAUUAAGGACAAGAACGAAAGUCUCAUCACUGGAUCCCCAAGCGAGCCAAGCAUCUCAGAGGGUGCCAAGUCUGCAAUGUCUAGUGGGUCAUUCGAUGCUGCAAUUGCGCUCAGAAGAAUUCUAGGCUCUCCAGGAAUCAGUGUGGGUGAACGCGGGGAGAUGGUAGUCGAGCUCCUUAUGAUCCUGGCCAGCGAUGCUGCCACUAAACACGGCAAAUUUUCGAUACCUGACUUCUUCCAGAACCUGCUCACUGAAGAUUCGUGGAAGACACUCCGCUCGUCCAAAGCAUCACGUGGUGGAGAGCUCCACAACAAGCCGUUUAAAAGCACAUUCCAAACUCUUUUGGGAACUUCAACCACAUAAUCAAGGUCCAUGGCAACGUCCUGCAGUCGAAAUUAUGGUAUCGUUACCCUACGAGACGUGCGGGCGUUUCCACGCAGUUCGGGCAACAGGGCAUAGAUGGUGCUUUCCCGAUCACCAUUGAAGGAACGAAGAUCACACCCGAUAACAUCAGCUGUCUCGUUUUUCAAACAAAGGCCGUGACAGCUAUGCAAGGGCCCUCUCAACCCGUGUUCGACAACAUGGACAGCAUAGUGAAGAAAAUGUACAAAUCAACACCCACACCCAAGCCUAUCAUUCGAGUCGUUGUCUCAUUGUGAUCCGAGGAGGAGGAAUUGACGGUGAUGCCAUGCAAAGAUUACGACAAUGAUCUGGUGACGUGGGACAUCUAUGUGCCAUUCUGGACACUUGCCGCUGUUCAGAAAAACUCGGAAGUGUGGCAGGCUGUGCUGGACAUGGCGACGAAUGGGGCAAAGAUGUACGAUGAGGAUGUGACGUUGAUGGGGAUGGACCCAGGGGCGGGGGUCGGCGACAAGUUUUGGCCCAAUUGGGAGGAAACAGGAGAGGGAACGACUAAGGCUGGGUAUGGUCGACAAGCAACGGCAACGACAUCGAGCAAGGGGAAGGGAAGGCAGAACGCAAAGGCAAAGUGAUUGGGAGGGUACUACAUACAAUAGAUUUGACUCAUUCUGCUUCGUGU